GGUGGAAGAAGUAGGUGGUCGUUGUGGACGACUGCAACGAGGUCGCGGGCGAAAGUGCAACGGGUGCUGUUGUUGGUGUCGGUGGUGGUUGUUUUCGAGUCCGAGUGCUCGUGGUGACGGUGCUGGUCGUCGUCCACGUUGUUACCAUGGUUUCCACGUCCUUCGUAACUCUGGUGUUCCUCGUGUGUCUACAAACGGUGCUACUGUCAACCGUGAGCAACUGCGCCAAGACGAUCAGCAUGUACUGGAACACCACCAAUUCCAUAUUUCGAAUAGACAACACAGAUCAUAUAAUCGACGUAAACAAGAACAAUGCAGCGUUCGAGUAUGAUCAAGUCAAUAUAAUAUGUCCGGUAUAUCCACCGGACUCGUAUGUUGAUGACGAUGCUGAAAAAUACAUCAUUUACAAUGUGUCCAAGGAGGAGUUCGAGACAUGUCGGAUAACGAAUCCCAGUCCGCGGGUAAUAGCGGUGUGCGACAAGCCGCGCAAAACGAUGUACUUCACCAUCACCUUCAGGCCGUUCACACCACAACCCGGGGGCCUCGAGUUCCUCCCUGGCCACGAUUACUAUUUCAUCAGCACCUCGUCCAAGGACGAUCUCCAUAGGCGCAUCGGCGGACGGUGCACCACCAACAACAUGAAGGUCGUCUUCAAGGUCUGCUGUGGUAAUGAGGCCGAGACCUCAUCGGCGACAUCGCGCAACAACUCUGUAGCCGUGACCAGCAGCACCGUACCCAGCAGCAGCUCCACGAGCACCGCGGUUUUGGGCGGCGGAGCCGGUGUGCCGCCCCCGCCGCCGCCGAUCGUCUACAGGGGCGGAGAUCGAUUCUACCCGGGGGGCAACAUUCAUCAUCGUCCCGAUCAUCAUCUGCCGGGCACGGCGGCGCCGACCCUGUCUCACGUACCUUCGCCGGCCGUCUACCCUGCGCAUCCGCAUCCGCAUCAGCCGCCGAUUCACAAUGGACCGCCGUCCUCGAUCACGCCGACCAAGACCUCGACCGGCCAGAAGAAGAAGAACAAGGAAUAUUCGGACCAUCCGAACGAGGUGGUAAAGAACGAGGAACUGACGUACAAUGGCGCAAAUUCGUACACCAUGCAGUUCCGGUACGCGCAGAACCUAAUCUUGGCGAUUGGCAGCCUGUUGAUGAGCACAUUGUUACAACAGCUGCUGCGGUGAAGCGAUAGCACCGACAACGUACGAGAACGUCGUAUAUCCCAUGCGUCGAAACCCCUUCUUCUGUGAUUAUCCUACGUUUAAUUGAUUUCUUGAGAAAUGCGCGAGACAUAAACGCGCGUCCCUCGGCCGUCCCUUGAUCGUAGUAAGACACGCACGAUCCAUGGUCGCGCCGACUCGAGAGAUGAUAGAGAAGAGAGAAGAGGCCGAACGAAAAAUGAGAGAGAGAGAGAAAGACGAAGAUAAAGAGAGAAGAGACACGCACGACACACGAGCGGCAACGCCAUAUUAACUACAAUUUAAUAUGAACUAGCAGAGUUCCAAGAUGGAAUAUCAUAUAGGACGACGAAAACGACAAAGCCGAAGAUAGGAAGACGGGAAGAAGUAGGAGAGAAAGCGAAAGGAAAAGGCUACUAUUAGACACUAUCUAUAGUACACGCCCACUAUUAUUACUACUAUAAAUGGUAGUCGUAUUGGUUGUCCUUUUAUUAUUACGCUGAUAGCUAUUUAUUCAAAUACGACAGAGAUCGAAGUGGGAGUCGUGGCAGCGUGCUAAAUAUCCUCGAGAGAAAUGUGCGAGAAAAAAAAGCGAUCUAUUAGUAUAUUAGUGACAGAGCUACGCGAGAAAAUCCGUAAGAGAUUGCGUCUCUUUAAUUCCGCGUCGCGAAUCGCGUAAUCCAGGAAAAAUGAUCGCGUAGACUCGACCAACGACGACGAACGAUCCUUCGUUAAGGGGUCCUUGCCAUGGAAACGACGAGCUCGUAAGCUUUUUCCAAGGGGGGAUCGUUUGAGCGCGCCGCGCCUCGAGAAAAGAGUACCUGAAAAUCCUUGAAUAUUUCCGGUUCACGAUCAAGACGAUCCGGAACGAACAAUUACGAUCCUUGUUGCGAGAUUCUUAUUGCAAGAAUCUCGUAGAUACUUCAACUCAGAGUCGUCGAUGCGACGUAUCGUAGUUCCUCGAUGAUUGGUUGAAGGAUCAAAGAAUUAAAAGAAUCGGUGUGUGGGAGUAAUCAUGUCUCUCGCGUGGCGUUUCAAGCUCAGAUCGAUCGCCGCUAAUGUCCAGCGAAUAGCAGGACGCCGAGGACGAAGGAUCAUUCGAGUUCGCGUACGAGAUCGUGAGUAGGAUAGUUAGCACGCGUGUAAAUAAAAUUCCUAAUGAAUAUGUACAAGUGGCUCUUGGUCGCCUUGUAUGCCGAUGGGCAGCAGGGGGCCAGUGAAGUUUAAGAAAGAGUGCCGUAUUUCUAGAUAAAUCUUAUGUGAGAGAGAGAGAGAGAGAGAGAAACGAAGAGAGAAUAUGUAUCAGAAAGAGAAAGUGUGAACGAUUAUGAUGCGAAACACUGUAAAGGUACUCGUCGAACAAAGCGAUGCGAGACAUGAAUUGUGCGAAUUUUUGUCAUUAUGUCAGACUAAGUACGUCAUUGUUGCGAGUCAAUAACAAGGAUAGACUCGAGCCGUUAGAUAAGGGAAAUGACAGGAAAAAGAGCAAACGAGUAAAUAGAGAAUUGUGUGCGAGAGAGAGAUUGACUGACAAUGAGUCGUGUAAUCGAAUAAGAGACAGAGAUUUGUAUAAUAGUUGUAUCAUACCGAGACUUCUAUCUAUAGAGAUCUGUAUUAUAUUUAUUAUGCAUUAUCAUUACGCUACGAAUAUUCAACACUCGAUAUUCUAUAUUCGCUAGUGAAAUAUCAAAUUUAAUAACAAAUAAAUUAAUGUACUACCGAAGCCAGGGAUGAAGCAGCGAAUCGUGGCGCGAACAAAUCCUCCCCAAGGCCAAUUCCUGAUAUUUGUUAUGAUUUUCCUCGUUUAUUUUAUUUCGUUCCACAUAUACAUGUAUUAUAUAUAUUGUACGCGGAUAAAAAAUAUUUCUAUUCAAAUUAUCCACGGUAUCCGAUUAGUCAGUUGUUCGAUCAUGUUUCUGAUUUAUUGACUUUUUCUAUAUAUAUAAAUAGGCUUUCUUUUUUUUAUUAUUGUAUUUAUUUACUAAAAAAAGACUCGCGCACGCGUACCAUGUCACACGCGCAUAUACAUACAUAUGCCACAUUGCGGAUUCAUCUUUCACGCGAUUUGAAAGCGAGAUUGCGUGAUACAUGCAUGCGCAGGCACGAUAUGCGAGGAAGAAAGAUGAAGCAGUGAGUAAGUUUAUCUAUCGUGUCUGCUACCAGAGAAAGUUUCAAGCGCGCAAUUACACUAACGAAUUAUUGUAAAUACGAACUUAUGGCAGAAAAUGAGUACCGUGACAAGAGAAUGUAUAUGAGUGCCUGUGCGGAUGCGUGCGUGUGAAGAUAGGUGCGAGGGAGAAGAAGGGAGGUCCUUACUCAGGAUCUUUAGAUAGUGAAAUAGUCCUUAUACGAGUUGAAGAUAUUGUUCGACGUGACCCGGCUCGCUUUCGAAAGUUUGUUCGUGAUUCAUCGUCCCUAUUUGCGUCUACGACAACAGAGCGAACGAUUAUGAUCAGUCGAAACUUGCGAAUAUACAGCGAAAAUUCUGCAGCAGUAUUAUAAGCCUUAAGUAUCUGUAUUUUUUUUUUUAUAUUGUACCCUCGCAAUAACAGGGCGAACCGGGCAACGCGAUUUUUCACGAUUCCAACUCUUCGUUCCGAAACUUAUGUUUUCAUUUAGGUAAAUAAUGCGUCCACAGACAAUCAAUUGCAAAAGUGAAUUCGUCAAAAUAAAACAUCGUUUAUGUUAUAAAUAUUUAUUCCUGAUUUCCUUGGUUGAAAUAUAUUCCGAUGCAUAUAUCAUUAUAAUCAAUCAACAAUUUAUUAAUAAAUAUACAUUAAUUGUUGCACUAAUGAUUCAGAAACUAUUAAUUGUUGCAAUAUUAUUUUUAUCUAUUGUCAUCUCUGGAAUAAAUCAGCAAUAUAGAAAAGAUAUUCAAUAACUAUGGAUAUUAGAAGUUUUUAAACAUUUUCAACCAAGGUAUCAUAUAUAUAUAUAUAUAACAUCAUGGACAUCAACAAUUUUAUUUUGCGAUAUCUUAGAUUUUAGAUUACACUUAGCGAACGGUCGCUUAUUGCGUUAUAUUUGUGUAUUGUUAGGAAUCGUGAAAGUAUCGCCGAUCACAAGUUGAAUUUAUUACUUUAAGUGACAAAAGACAGAAAAAGGAAGUCGCUCGACCGAUUGUUCGUGCGCGAAGGCGACGUGCGAAGAGAUAAAUACGUGAAAUGGUACUCAUCCGCGCGGACGAUAAGCGAAACACGCUAUAACAAUAAUAUAGACUCGAAUUAUUCGAUAUAGAAAAUAGACAAGGUCACUCACUGCAAA